CUCGGACGCCGACGUUUAAGUUACAGACCGAGCUGGAGGUGUGGGCAGAGGCGCAGCCGGACCGAGUGACCCACGCGUUCAUUUCGCUUUAGUUCCUUCGAGCGUGAAGAACAAGAGGAGGAGAGAGAGAGAGAAACAAGGCCGCGUUGUCUUUUUGCUUAAACUCGACGCUAAGCAAACAAAAAAAACCUACGCAACAAUGGGAAAGAAAAAUAAAAACUCGGAUUCGAAUGCAGAGGAGCCAAGGAGGAAGUCGAAGCGGUUGUCAGAAAAAGAGACUGAGCCACUGCCGAAACCAGCGCCAGAAAAGACAAAGGCCCAGCCCAAGGCUAAGAAGGUAAAGGAGACACCAAAGGCAAAGCCAGUGGAGAAAAAAGAAAAAGAACCCAAGAAAAAGGAGGAGGAGGAGGAAGAAGAAGAAGAGGAAGAGGCGCCAGCAGAAAACGGAGAAGCCAAAGCUGAGAAGGCCGCGGCCGCAGAAGAGGCCGACGACAAGGAGGAAGAUGAGGAGGAGGAGGAGGCCGGCGAGGAGGACAAAGCAGCAGAGUAGUACUACGACCGCAGAACACUCAGUUGCCAUAUGGUCCCCGACUCCUCCUUCCUUGUACAAUGCAGAUAAUAUUUUAUCUAUUUUCUUAAGACAGCAGUGUUUUUAGGGAUGUGAUUUGCAAAAAAAAGCUUUUUAAAGAGUACUACCGAUUUCUGUGAAGGGAAAAGUUUGUGGGGGGUUUUGUAUUAUUUUUUUCAUUGUACCUGUGUUUUUCGGCCUCUCCGACUUCUUAUUUUGCCCUUUAUGUUGUUGUUGUUGUUUUAGGUUGUAGUUUUCUGCAUGACCCCGCAGUCGUGUCUUAUCUAUCAUGUCGAUUUGAUGUUCGGUUCCUGAGACAUUCCUGGUUUUCGUCUCGAGGGAAUUUUCGUGACCUGUACUGUUUUUUUUGUUUUGGAGUUGAAAUACAUCAUGAUGUGUUUGAUAGGAAACAAGACGACGAGAGUUGUGUUUUAAGCUCAGUAACAUCUUGUUCACGCUCACUAGUACUGGCAUUCACUGUGCUGACUUGUUUUGUUUUUUCUCUGUCUUUCUGUGAUGGUACAUUCGAGGACAGUUUAAAUUCUCACCUGUUAGUGUUGAUCAUACUUGCUGUGGUUCGUCCUUUUAGAAACAAAAAAAACUGUAUUUUCACUUCGGCCUACAACAUGUCUGCCACAGGUUUGUGGAUAUGUUAUAUGUGGUUUUUUGGGGGGUUAUUUCUCUACUAAUGUACAGUUUCAUUCUUUAAAAAAAAUAAAAUGAAAAUAAAACAA